AUGUUUACCACACCUCCACGUCUCCAGAUCCGGCGGCCGUCACCCACAACCACCGAGUUCACCGUCACCACGCGCCCACCACCCACCGUCACCCUGCACUUCCUCCGCCUACUACUACUCCUCCUGCGCCUCGGCCUCGCCCUCCUCACCAUCCUUCUCCUCGACGCGCGCCUGUCCCAGUCCGGCCUUCUCUCCGCCCCCUCCCCCUCCCCCACGCCGCUCCCGCCCGUCCUCCCCCGCGACCUUCUCUCCCUCGACGCCCUCCUAUGGGCCCGCGCCGGCGUCCACCGAUCCCCCGCCGGCCUCGCCCUCUCCCGUGCCGCCGCCGCCGUCCCUCUCCCCGUGCUGCUCCCCGUCGCCGCGCUCGCUUUGCGAUUGCUCGCGCGCCGCGCGCACGCCGAAGAGAGCCUUCUGGUGAUGCGCGGGCUGGGCGUGCAGACGCGUGAGAGCAGCCGCGACUACUGGGCGCCCGGCGCGGCGACCCGCUUCAUCCCGACGGAGAAGAUCCGCGACGUCCUGGUCAACGAGGCCUUUCGCGGCUUCGAGGUCCGGUACUACCUGGUCGUGGUGGUGGAGGGCGAGGAGGACCUGGUGGUCGUGUUUCCGGGCUUGCUGCCGCGGAGGCGCAUCGUGGAGGCGGUCUGGCGCGGCGCGCGGGAGUGCCUGUACGAGAAGAGGGAGGAGAAGACGCCGGUUCUAUGA